AUGUCGUUGACAGAGGUUGAUACGCCUUCGCCGCGGGGCAUUAGCAGACUUCGUGGUCGAAACAAGGAUUUGGCCAGCGCCUCUACGAACUCUUUACCAGGCAGCUCUGGCGAAAGCGAUGAUGCAUCCAGCAAGAUUGCGCCGAGAGGUGCUGGCGACACCAACGGCGGCCUUCGAGCAUCAGUGGAGAGUGCCAUCGAUAAAGUCCAGGACCGCGCGCGAAGACGAUCUGUUGACGACAGACGCAAUAGCGACGACGUAUCUGCAGGACGCCUCUCCACCUGGCUCUCCAAGACCAAACGGAAGGCCAAACGCGGUGACACUGGAGAUGAGCCUGAUCGCACGUUCAGUGUAGAUUCGAUAUCGCCAGGCAAUCGCUCGAAGCUUUCUCUGGUCGAUGACAGCGGUGGGAGCAGUCUUUUGACAGACGAUGAGAGGCUCGAUGCAGACGGGCAUCCCAUUAGGCCUCCUCUCAGCCCGCACCAGUCUCACGCCGGCCUUCUUACCCUGUCCUCUCCUGAGAUCAACGCACAGACUACGCCUGUUGUACCUGACGCGCACCUUGUGUCUUCACCUGAGGUAGUAGCUACAGCUGGACACCUAAGCAACAUUCCUGCCAUCGUCGAGCCUGCCGAGGUGGACUUCCUUCCUGCGCCUUCUGUCCCCGAGCGCAGCCCAUCUCAAGCAAACAAGCUUCGCCAAACAUUCACCCUGAGUCGCAAGAAGUCUGGUGGGGAACUAUCUGCAAAGGCGGGAGUGGGUGGAAGCUCUGGGCUAGGUGGGCUGUUCAAGUCCUCCAGCAGGAGAAACAGCCUGAGCUCUUCGACGGCAAACACAUCACAGAACGACAUCGCGGAGGCCAAAUCAGCGCCAGUGGAGGACACUGUUGCAUCAUUAACGAAAAAGGAUCGAACGGAAACUCCGAAGCAGCGUGGGCGACAGCUCAUCGAUACAUCAACGCCCUCGACUCCACCGAAUCUCCUGCGUACACCGACCACGGUCGUGACCCCGCCUACGCCGACCGAUCCCAACGCCAACGCCUCUGUUUUCUCCUCUCGAACGACAUCUCCGCAGAAAGGAUCGCCCGCAGCACGCAGCUUGAACUCGGUGGAGAGCAUCAGACAUCGCCGUGCGCAAUCCGCAAACUUGCCUAGCAAACUUUCGACCUCGAUCACCUCGCCCCUACCACCGACUGUUGAAGAGACCAAGACACCUGGGGGCACAUUGACGUCGCCGACACAACCAAACAGCCCAGCGGGCUUCUUUUCGUCGGUGUUUGGAGCUGCGCAGAAAGCGAGCACCCAAUUCGCGAGCAGCUUUACGAACCUGCCAAAUCAGAAGAGCAGGUCGAGCAACGCGCCAUCAGUAGGACAGACAAACAGCGAGGAGACUCUGGCAGGCACAGACAGCCGGCCUCCUACGGCAGCAGGAGAGGGGCCCCGUAAGCCACUGGCCAUCACAACACUCGGCCAGGGCAAUCUCAGCUUAAGUCACUUGGGCAUUCUGGAUAGUCAAGAGCCAGGAAACAUGGCGCCUUCCGCCGAUUUGCCUCAAACUAAUGGCCCGGCGCAGGAAGGUGAUCGCGCUAGGAAGGUGGAACAAGAUGCGGCCGCACGUGCUGUAUCCUCGGCCUACGAGAAACCAAUAGCACCUGCGGUCGGCCAAGGAUAUACCGGCAGACCUCCAUCCGUUGCCUCUACUGAACGACAAACGCUGGACGGCGAUCAGACCCCACCCAGAUCCGUUAUUGAUGCGCAGAGCAGCGCCAUCAAACGAUCUGGCAGUGUCCGCAGUAAAUUGAGCGGCGGACGAAAACACCGCGGCAGCUCAGCCACAGCUGGGACAACGAAUUCGAUCGCCGAAGCAUUGAGGCACACGUCUACAGGUUUGGCAAAUCCGAAUGCGCUCGGUAGUGGGCACCGGAUGACAGGCUUCGCCGUCGCUAGCAAUAAGCGCAACAAGGACUUCCAUCAACUGUUCAGAAGUGUGCCUGAGGAUGACUACCUGAUCGAGGAUUAUAGCGCAGCCCUGCAGCGUGACAUCCUCUUGCACGGGCGACUCUACGUUUCGGAGGGCCACAUAUGCUUCUCCAGCAACAUCCUCGGAUGGGUGACGAACCUGGUCAUUAGUUUUGAUGAGGUUGUGUCAGUCGAGAAGAAGAGCACGGCAGUGAUAUUCCCGAACGCGAUCGUCAUAUCGACACUACACGCGCGGAACACCUUUGCAAGUUUUGUCGCUCGAGACUCCACAUACGAGCUACUCAUUGGAAUAUGGAAGAACAGUCAUCCAAACUUGAAAAGCUCCCUCAACGGUGUCACACUGGAUGAUGCAACCACUGGCGAUAAGACCGAAGUGGCUGAGCCAGACGCUUCUGAAGAUGACACGGAAGAAGGUAGCGAAGACGAGAUCUACGACGAAGAUGCGGACGACGAUGCAGAAAGCUUUGCAGAUGGUGGCUUCGUGGCCAGCACUGCAGGCAGCGAAGCUGGCGACCUCACGCUAAGUCGGAAGCCGUCCACCAUACCGUUCAAUAAUGCCCCUCAGACCAACGGGCCGCCCAAGGGGUUAGAAGCCGCUGAUACCGCUGUAGUCGGUGCGGCGGUCAGCAGCGAGUAUCCUGGUGCUCCUACACAUGAGCCAACGCAGUGCGGCGAGAGCAGCGAGCACUACGACAGGCCACUGACAGACACAACGAUACCGGCACCUCUAGGUAAAGUCUACUCGAUGAUGUUCGGUCCUGCAUCAGGUGCUUUCAUGCGCAAAUGGCUCGUCGAGGAUCAGAAGUCGCGAGAUCUGAAUUAUGCUGAUGACAAGACCGGUCUCGACAAUGACCACACCACGUUCACGUUUGACUACAUUAAGCCUCUCAGCGGACCAGUCGGACCGAAACAAACCAAGUGCAUCACGACCAACACCCUUAAGGCCUAUGACCUGGAAAAAGCGAUCUCAGUCGAUUGCAGCACUGUGACACCUGACGUGCCCAGUGGGAACGUCUUCACCACAAAGACGAGAUACUGUUUAAUGUGGGGUCCGGCCAAUUCAACGAGAAUCAUUGCCAGCUGCACGAUCGAAUGGACUGGCAAAAGCUGGCUGAAGUCUCCAAUCGAAACAGGUGCCGAACGAGGACAGACCGAGUAUGUCAAACAGAUUACUGCUGCGCUCAAAGCCGCUGUCACUACCAAGCCGCCUGUAAAGGGAAUGGCGCGGAAAGGGAAGCGCAAGGGCAAGAAGGAAGUGUUUGAUGCAGAGGAAGCCAUCACUCAACGCGAAGCUGAGAUAGCCGAGGAGAAGAAGGCCUCAGGCUGGGGUCCACUCGAGCCUGUUCGACAAAUUCUUGAGCCUGUCACCUCGAUGAUCCGGAUUACCCCCUCGCAGGUCGCUAUAUUCUUGCUGAGCUUCCUGCUUGCAUACAACUGGUUCUCAUCGCCACGAAAAGGUACCAAUGUUGGCUUGCCAGGCUACUCAUCUCCAGAACGAAUUGCGGCUUACGAAGAAAUCUGGAGAAGAGAGGAGAGUGCGCUGUGGGACUGGCUGGAAGAUCGAGCUGGUAUUGAAAAUAACUAUAGAUCUCCGCUUGGUGGUCGCGAACAACAGAAAGUGCUAGGUGCUAAGAAGCUGGCGAAGAAGCUGGAAGAAGAGAGCAUGUCGGAGAGACAGAUGGACGAGCAGAUCCGAACCACGGAGGAGAAACUGGCACAGCUGAAGGAGGCUGUGGGGAGGAGGAAGGGGAAGAGAAGUAACACGACCUGA